GGGUUUCUCACGCGAGUCAAUCUGAUCGUCACGUAGUUAGUGGGUGUGUCACUCCACGUAUAAAUACCACGUGUGGGUUCAUUCUGACGUAAAGCGUUCAGAAAUCCCACCAUCACCCGUCUGUCCUCCUAGCUGUUAUUGAUCGUUACUGGUGGAAAUAUGUCAUUCCGUGGACAUUUUGCGCUCCUGCUGUUCCUCACGUGUCUCUCGCAGCUGAUCUUCACUGCCGAGAGUUUUAAGGGUGCUGGAAGAAAAGAAAAGAAGCAAGAGAACCGAGGUGACAACAACUUUGCAAUUGUCAAAGGAAAAUUCAGAACCAAGGACAAGGCGCAAUGCUCAUGGGUGGCGCGCGGAGAGGAAAAGUACACUUUGACCGUUACGUGCAAGCCUGGAGAAGGGGAUGAAUUCACCUGUAAAUACACUGCCAGGCCCGCGUCAUGUCCUGGAUAUGUGGCUGAGCCUGGGACUUACUGGGCACAGAUUACCAGAUCACUUAGGAAACAGAAGAAACUGUGCUCCGAUCCGCGCUUCAUGCUGAGAGCUGGCAUGUGUAAGAGCGCGCCACAAGAGGCGCAUUUCAAGCUAACCGAAACAGCACACGAGAAAUCCCCCACGAAAGAGAAGACACCUCUAAGAGAGAAAGAGAUAACCACGAACGCAACGACGCCGGACACAACGCGCAAGUGCGCGCAAACCAGCGAUCACAGCAAGAUCGCCAAAGAGAAGUGCGGAGAUUCCUGGGCGAGUCUCUGCACGUUUCUUUUUACUUUAGUUCAGAACGGAGAAUGUUGAGUGUUUACUGGCUGAGUGUGUGUGGCUUGAGAGAUAUUAAUGUUGUGUUUUUUUCUUGGUGGUUCACUUUCAGGUUUUGCGUCUGGGUGGUUCUUCAGGGGAGUUGUCCCGUAGGGUAGUUUCAAAUUAAUAGCCUACAUUAAUUAAACACAUUUUAUUUUAAAACGAUAAAAUAUUCAAUUUAGAUUGCAAUUCGGAAACAGUGAUUUCUAUAAAUUGAUAGUUGAUUUGUUGUCAUACCAGAACAAAGGCUUACCAAACUUGUUAGUAAGAAAUGCCAUUAACAUCAUUACCAUCACAAUACCAAAAACCCACAUCAUAACAGAUAUGGUUAGGUCUAUUCAAAACCAUGAAGACAUGCAUAGGCCUAUUUUAAAGAGGGCAAAAGUGACCCAAAUAAAGAACCACCCUUUGACUGAUACGCCUAUAUACCAUUGAAAUGUUUAACCUGUAAACAAAGUUUAUUUUUCUUAUUUUUUACUACCGUAUACAGAAAAGUGCACUGUGAUGAUUUUGUCAAAUGCAAUUCACUGAUUUAGGAUUAUUGUAUUUAUGACAAAUAAAUAUUUGUAUUUAUAUGUAUUAAAAGCAUUUUU